AUGGGGAAUAUUAGACAAUCUCAUAGCAUGUCCAUGGGGCACUGGUGGGAAGUGAGAGCUGACCGUGCCCCGUUGGGGUUUCCCAAUCAGCCACAAGGCGAACAUUACGAGGAACUUUCCGAGCCUGGGCUCUCCCAGGGCGCUGGGUUGAAGCAAGACAUUGGCAACAGUUCCUCAACAGAUGACUCUAAACUCUGCCAAAUGGCAUCCAUAUUAAACACCAAGAUGGGCCGUUUAAUCAGCAGGGACCUGGGAAGGCUCUGCGGCGAGUUAGCAUUGAAAACGUGCGCCGAGGAGGGAGGAAGUCAGGGGAGGCCGCGGCACGCCUGGCCACGUGGGCGAGGGCGCGGCCCCCGGCUUCCGGCGAAUCACAAGGCCCGGGUUGCCGUGGCAGCGGCGGGGGCAGGCGACAGGGUGGAAGCCAGGCUCCCGCAGGACCUCGCGCCUGGCGCCGGCGCCAUGUCCAUCAAGUGGUUCACCGGGGCGCCCUUCGGGGUGCAGAGCCACAGGUUUGACGUCUCCGCCGUUUAUCCAAACCAGAAGAAGUCCAGCACCUUCACGGAGGCCCCAUACUCUCAGCGCCAUUCUGUGCAGCUGUCCCAUAUAGGGCCUGGGACCUACAGCUCCAGCGAGUCCUGUUUCAGCAAGAAGAAGCUGAAGAAGGAGAUGGGCACAGGCUGGGCCAAGGCCCAGGAGGCCACCCGGCUGACCCAGCUGCCGCACUUCCAGUACCAGGCCAUCAUGAAAGAGAAGCGACUGCAGGAGCAAAAGCUGGGGCCCGGCUGCUACAACUUCAAAGACUUCUUAGAGCAGCUGCAGAAGAAGCCAUGUAGCACCCGGGGGAUGCUCAGCUCUGGGGAGAUUCGCUUCCGAGGACUCAUUGGGAACUACUAUCCGGGCCCUGGAAAUUAUGGGGAGAAGGGCAACCCGUACACGAAGUCAGAGAAGAAUGCCUGGAACCGGGCCCACUCCGAGGGCCUCAUGUGCAGAAUGACCAACAAGCCACCCCCACGGGCUCAUCAGGGGAGUGGUCUGGGGCCUGGCACGUACUCCUUCAAAAGUGGCAUCGAAACCUACCUGGCACGAUCCAUCGGCACUCGCGGCCCCUAUGACAUUUUUUCUGGUGACCGAAGCAAGCCUCUGCCUUACGGACACUACUCGGUGCAGAAAAAAAAGCCCAGGGAACUGAUGAAUUUCAAGAGUUUUGUGGAAGAACUCAACUCACAUCACAAUAAGAAGCACGGGGUUUUUUCGAAAGUUCCCCGCAACCCCAGAGUCCCCACGGAGCGGAUUUACUGGGCCACCCUUAGCCAGUGCCCCCGAACACUGGCCACUUCUGGCCCAAGCUUGUGGCUUCCACAAGAGAAGGAAUGCAAGCACAUCAACCAGCCCCCGUUCCUGCUGUCUUCCAAGCGCUCAGGCACGAAGGCCUGUCAGAUGGUUAUGGGAAGCUGGAACCCGGUCGGGGUGGGCCGCUACCUCAACACCUGGCUGAUGGAGACCAAGGACAGACGGCAGCGAUAUCGGUCCCUGUUCCUGGAUGGGUCCAAACGCUACCUCUCGGACCUGACCCGCGACAUGCUCAUGCAGGAAAGGAUCACACCAUUUACUAAGGGAAAGUGCCGUCCAACUGUGGAUUACAAUUCAGAUCCUACUCCCUAA